GAGAGAGGGUGGUGGUGGUGGGGGAAUAAAGGCAAAACCUGUGUCUGCAGAAAUCCCCAGAACCCACAAAAGAGAGAGAGAGAGAGAGAGAGAGAGAGAGACCUUGCUUUGUUGAUUCUCUCACUUCACUACAAUCACUGCUACAUUUCAUACUAGUUUCAUAGCCUUCACAGCUUCACACAAUCAUUUCGUUUCAGAUUGUUUGCCACCUCACUCUAAUGCUGCUGCUGGUGUCUUCUUCUUCGGACUUCCUCUUGCUUCAUCUUCGGGACGCUGGACUUGUCUCUUCCUCUGUUUCUCUCACUGUUUUCUAUGGCUUUUUGGGGUUUGUUGGACAGUAUUGGCAUCAGAGGAAACUCUACUCUGAGAGCAACGCACAAGGCCGGCAAGGGAGGGUCUGACCUGGCAUCCUCCUCUGAUGGAUCCGCCACCUGCUCUGGUUUCGAGGAUGGCAGAAAUAGUGAUGACAGAAAGGGGAAGGAUGGCAACAUGUGUCGCUAUAGAUGCCAGCUUGAACAAGAGGUUCAAAAGUUGCAAAUGCAGCUGCAACAAGAGUUCGAUUUGCAUGUUGUUUUAGCCGAUGCUGUCGGGAAGAAAACCUUGCCCAUGGUGAACUCUCCUUCAAAUCUUCCAAAUAAGGCUCAGGAGCUCCUUGCUAACAUAGCUGCACUAGAGUUCACAGUGUCAAAGCUUGAAGAAGAGUUGGUUCUUUUACAAUUUAGACUUAGUCGUGAGAGGACUGAGCGACACCUUGCUGAGAAUAGUCUUAAUAUUUUACCGGUGGUAUCACCAAAACCACCAGAGUCCGGCCUUCCUGGCUAUACAUGGGAAGAGCACCUCUCUUCUUUGCAACACUCAAAGUUUAACGAGUCUCAAAUGCUUCAAUCCACUGAAUCGGAUAUAUGUGCUGCUUGUCGGCAUCCACAGGAAAUAACAACCAACUCAGAUUGUAAUUUGCCUGUACCAUGUGGUGUGGAAACUGGAAGAAAUAUGAUGGAUGUCCCCCCUCAGCAAACUGGUUUGACAGAAUUGAAACAGAGCUUCUUAACAAACCUGUGGCAGAAUCCCAAUCGACUUUCGGAAGAAAUGGUGCGAUGCAUGAGGAAUGUUUUUCUUUGCUUAUCAAAGUCAUCAUCACCUAUCCCUUUUAUGGCAACAUCUGCUCCAGAAUGUAUACCUUCCCCAUAUUCACCAAUUGCAAACCUUCCUACUUCACUGGUAUCUUCCUCAGAUUCAUCUGAAAUGGCUUCAUCAGUUUGCAGUCCAGGAUUCAAGAUGAACGAGAUUCGUGAGACAUGGACUCCACAAAAAACAUUUGAUCCCUAUCAAGUUAGUGGAAAGAUGAGCUGGAAAAAUGCUGGAAGCUAUAGUUUAGCAGCUGAGGUAUCAUGGAUGUGUGUAGGGAAGACGCAACUUGAAUAUGCUGCAGAGGCUUUUAAAAAGGAUUCAGGCUUUUAUUUCUUAAAGUAUUAUUGGAUUCCACGCCUUUGGUUUCUUGUGGAGCAACUAGCCAAAGUAAAUCCAAGUUGCAUGAGCGCCAAUGAGAGGCUAGCAUUUUGGAUCAACUUAUAUAAUACUCUGAUCAUGCACGCUUAUCUAGCAUAUGGAGUACCUAAGAGUGACAUGAAGCUCUUUUCGCUAAUGCAGAAGGUGUCUUAUACUAUUGGAGGCUGCUCUUUCAGUGCUGCUGAAAUAGAAUUUGUUAUUCUGAAGAUGAAACCCCCAGCUUAUCGGCCACAAAUAGCGCUGAUUUUGGCACUUCACAAGUUCAAAAUAUCUGAGGAGCACAAAAGGUAUUCAAUUGAUAGCUCAGAACCGCUUGUGGUAUUUGCCCUCAGUUGUGGGAUGUACUCCUCACCUGCGGUAAGAGUCUUUACUGCUGAAAAUGUCCGAGAAGAGCUUCAAAACUCAAUGAGAGACUAUAUGCGAGCUUAUAUAGGUAUUAAUAACAAAGGUAAACUGCUAGUACCAAAAUUAGUCUACUGCUUUGCCAAAGACAUUGUGGAGGAUUCCCUGCUGGUUGACUGGAUCUGUCGCUACCUUUCCCCUGAUCAAGUCACUGUUGUUCGUGAUUCUGCCUCACAGUGGAAACAGAGACUCUUAGGUGUUCGAAGUUUCAGUAUCAUUCCCUUUGAUACCAGGUUUCGUUACUUGUUCCUGCCUGAUGGCAAGAGUACGUUGCAGAGUUGUUCUUGAGAUGCUGUCAGUCAAGCAGGAGUAUGUGUAAGCAUUGGCUAGAGGAGGGUUGCCACCUUGUAUAUAAGCUGUAUAUUCCACAGAAAGGGAUCACACAGGGAGCUUUUGCGACAAUAAUAUCUUGACCACAGAGAAUGCACUUGGUUGUGUUUGAGGGAAGGGUUUCCGAGUUGAACUUCAUGUUUUGAGAAGAUUCAGCCAAUUUAUUCAAGCGGCAUUCUCAUUGAUCAUACAUAAAAGAUGUGGCUGAUGAGAUUGUGAUUUGCAUUGCUUUA